GGAGACCCUGCACAAUCUCAUACACGGUCCCAUCUAUGAGCGCCAAGGCCAGGUCGCUCAGGGUGUUGUAGGACAGGCGCUGCUGGAAGGAGCUGGACCAGAACACAUGCAGGGUGGACGUUUGUCAUACAUUUAAAAGGAAUAUUAAGGACAACGUCAGGAAAACCCAGAUCUGCUGGCCCCUCCGUGUCCCCCGUGUCCGCGCAGCUUCACCUGCAGCUCGUGCUGAUGGGGGCUGGAUGCAUGCAUGCGCGCCUGUGUCGCGCGCUACUGGUGGGCUGUGCGCCGUCACGCGCUGAAGGUGCCAUGAAAUGAAGCAAACUCGGAGGGGAAGAGCACUGUUUAUAAGAGCGCGCAUGGGAACAUAGGAGGAACUGGAUUAAUAACUCACUCGUUAAAAUAUGGCCAAAAACACGUCUCUGUAUUUCAGGAUUGUCGAGGGACGGAACCUCCCCGCCAAAGACGUCUCCGGGACCAGUGACCCAUACUGCAUUGUAAAAGUUGACAAUGAAGUUGUGGCCAGGACUGCCACCGUCUGGAAGAACCUUAAUCCGUUCUGGGGUGAGGAGUACACGCUGCACCUCCCGAUGGGGUUCCACUCACUCUCCUUCCACGUCAUGGACGAGGACACGAUCGGGCACGAUGACGUUAUCGGAAAGAUAACUCUGAGUAAAGAUGCCAUCGGAUCUCAGUCUAAAGGACUAGACAGCUGGGUGAACCUGACCAGGGUCGACCCUGAUGAAGAAGUCCAGGGAGAGAUCCAUCUGAGCCUGGAGCUGCUGAAAGAUACAGAGAGGAUCAGCCUGCGGUGUCAAGUCAUUGAAGCCAGAGACUUGGCUCCCAGAGACAUUUCUGGAACCUCGGAUCCAUUUGCACGAGUUAUUUUCAACAACCACAGCGCAGAGACCUCGAUUAUCAAGAAGACCCGUUUCCCUCACUGGGGGGAGACCCUGGAGCUGGAGCUGGACCCAGAGGAGCUGAGUGAGGAGGGAACUGUCACCGUGGAGGUCUGGGACUGGGACAUGGUGGGCAAGAAUGACUUUUUGGGAAAGGUGGAAAUCCCUUUCGCCUGUUUGCACAAGACACCUCUGUUAGAGGGUUGGUUUCGUUUGCUGCCCUUGGGGAACAAUGAGGUUGACGCUGGUGGAAAGCUCGGAGCUCUACGCCUGAAGGUGCGUUUGGUUGAGGAUCGGAUCUUGCCGUCUGUGUACUAUCAGCCUCUCAUUCACCUCCUGGUGGAGUCGGUCAUCUCCCCCACAGAGGUGGAGGACAGCAGCGCUCUGACCAUGCUGGAGGAGGUGACCACGGUCGAGAGCCGGCAGGACGUGGCAAUGACCCUGGUGAAGAUCUACCUGGGUCAGGGCCUCGUGGUGCCGUUCCUGGAUUACCUCAACACCCGGGAGGUCAACCACACCACUGAUCCAAACACUUUGUUUCGAUCCAACUCACUUUCCUCCAAGGCCAUGGAACAGUUCAUGAAGGCUGUUGGCAUGCUGUAUUUACACGAGGUGCUGAAGCCCAUCAUCAACCGCAUCUUUGAUGAGAAGAAGUACAUCGAGCUGGACCCGUGUAAGAUCGAUCUGAACCGCACAAGACGGAUUUCAUUCAAGGGUGCGGUGUCAGAGGCGGAGGUGCGGGACAGCAGCGUGGAGAUGCUGCAGAGCUACUUAACCAGCAUCAUUGAAUCAAUCGUGGGCUCGGUCGAUCAGUGUCCUCCCGUCAUGAGAGUGGCCUUCAAACAAUUACACAAGAGAGUGGAGGAGCAAUUUGCUGAACCCGAGAAUGAGGAUGUGAAGUAUCUGGCCAUCAGCGGAUUCUUCUUCCUGCGUUUCUUCGCUCCGGCGAUCCUCACGCCUAAACUGUUCCAGCUGAGGGAUCAGCACGCCGAUACGCGCACGAGCAGAACGCUGCUACUAUUGGCCAAGGCGUUGCAAAGUGUCGGGAACCUGGGCCUUCAGCUGGGUCACGGGAAGGAGCAGUGGAUGGCGCCUCUUCACCCCAUCAUCCUGCGCAGUGUGGCUUCGGUCAAAGACUUCCUGGACAAGCUGAUCGACAUAGAUCAUGACAUCGUGUCCGAGGUGCCGCAGAGGGCCGUGUUCAUGCCGUCGGUCACGGUUAAAGAGGGGUACCUCCACAAACACAAGGCGGAGGGACCCCAACUGCUGUCGCGCUUCGCCUUCAAGAAACGCUACUUCUGGUUGACGAGCGAGACGCUGUCCUACGCCAAGACCCCCGACUGGCAGGUGCGCUCCUCGAUGCCGAUUCAGUGUGUGUGCGCCGUGGAGAGGGUGGAUGAAAAUGCCUUUCAGCAGCAGAAUGUAAUGCAGGUCAUCACCCAGGACAACGACGGACAGCUGCACACCAUGUACAUCCAGUGCAAGAAUGUGAAUGAGCUGAACCAGUGGCUGUCGGCCAUCAGGAAGGUCAGCAUCUACAACGAGCGCAUGCUGCCCUCUUUCCACCCGGGGGCUCAUCGCAGCGGCAAGUGGACCUGCUGCCUGCAGGCGGACCGUUCUGUUACAGGCUGCAGUAGAACCCACUCAGCCGUGACUCUGGGUGACUGGAGUGACCCGCUGGAUCCCGACGUAGAGACUCAGACCAUAUACAAGCAGCUUCUCCAGGGCAGAGACAAGCUCAGGAAAAAACAUCUGGAGGUCCCCGAUGCCGAUCAGACGUCCAUCAAUAAAGAGAAGAGCAUCAACUCUGACGUUCACCCAGAUGGCGCCGAAUGCAACGUUCAGCUCAUGAAGCCGGGUCAGAGCGUCGCCGCUCGCCUGUUGGCGGUGAUAGAAGAUCUGGAGCAGGCUCAUGCCACCUUCCAGCGCAGAGAAAAGGAGGACGGCACCGGGGUCAUCCUGAAUCCCUAGACUCCACACAGACUGGAAUCCUGUACCAACACGAGUAUUCUCUCUCUCUCUUGCUUGUCAGGGAGGAUAUAGUGGCCACAGGGUGCAACCUCUUCCAGCCUUUUAGUACAUUUCCCGCUGUAAAGAGCAGAGGGAAUUCUGCCACUUUGAAUAUUUUUGUAUUCUCUGAGUGCCACCGGCUUCAACAGCGCCGGGGAGAGAUUAUGAUACUUGACGAUAAAAAGGGGCCGAGGGACUUUGAAGCAUGAUCUGACUUGAUAUUUUUUUAUGUUGAUAACAAGCAAUCCCUUGCAUGGCCUGCAUCCACUUGUUGUGAAAUGUGAAAAGAAGCUUUUAUAUUUUGAGAUACUGUACAGGACCCUCGGUCGCACAUUUUUAUGCAAAGAGCUUGUUGUAGUGUAAUCUACAGUACCUGAAUGUAAGGUGUGUUUUGAUAUCGCUUUUAUCAACGUUUUGUAUUCUCUAUUUGAGGCACUAUGGUCGCUAUGUAGCAGUGACAUUAACAUUAUAGGUCAAACCACCACAGGUUUCUGAGACGCUGGUGCACAUGCCACAGUUUUAACGCUGCCUGUACAGUGAGCAAAAUGAUUUGAAUUGUUGCUUUUGGUCCCUUUAAAUAUAACGUGCUUUUGUUUGGUGCUAUGGCCAGUCAACUUCAAUGUUUGGUUCUGAUGUAAUUUGCAUAUUUACUGCUGUAGCCAUUCCUUAAGUCAUAUUUUCAUACUUUAGCCCAGGGCUGAGACUUUUUAACCCAGGGUUAUCCGAAAUCCAGGGCUACAUACGUGAGCCACACUUCACUUCUACGAGCUCUGAUUUAAGAUUAAUGUUUACAUUCUGUUUCACACUGGCACCUUUUAGCCCAUCUUUAGUCCAUUUUUAGGGGGAUAACCCCACAAAAUCGAGGGUCACCCUGCUCUGGAGCCAAGGCCAACAAGCUCUAGGCUUUGCUUUGUGCCAGUGUGAAGAUUUUCUUAGCCUGGGGCUUUGCAGCAAGGUUCACACUGGCACACUUAGCCCCAUGUUUAGUCCAUUUUUAGGGGAUAACCCCACAAAAUCAAGUCCUAGGCUGUUAGGGUUAGAACGUGCCUGCUUUGUGCCAGUAUGAAGGUUUUCUUAGCUUGGGGCUAAGAAUGUUCUAGGAGUGCUUUCAGCCCUGGGCUAAGUGCAGCACGAAAGGCCCUCUUAACGUUACCUCGGGCUAAGAAUAUGCAGAGUGAAAGGCCCUUUAGUCUGGAGCUCACAGCUCCCCCUGGGAAGGUUCAAAGAUUUAGCCCUGGGUUAGGAGCAGGAUGAAAAGCCCCAGGAGGAGUAAUAUUCACCUGUCCACACGUAUAAAAGAUUAGUCUUUAAUAUCACUGAGGUUGAGAACUGACGCGUUCCCACAAGUUUACAUCUCCUUGAGAUUUUGGUGCCACUGCAUUCGGCUCACAGGUGUCAGGAUAUGUUUGAGAUGCCAAAAUUAGUUUUUAAAAAAUUGAAUCACUUCUUCAAAAAUCUGUUUUUUUUUCUCUUUACGUAUCUGUGAGACACAAACAAACUGUUUGUGAAGCCAUUUCCCGGUCGAGCGAUUAGUGUCUUUAAAACAGAGACGGUCAGGGAGUGUAACAGAGAUCAGAUCUGGGAUCUCCUCUCAGAGAGCCUCAGCAGGCCUGACCCUGCAGAGCUGCUGCCUGCAUUGUGUUCUGGUUCUGGUACUGUAGCGUCUUUUCCUUUAGAGGACAAACUGUGGAAUAUUUAGACAAUCAACAGGCUACAUCCAUGCAUCAGUUAUUCAUGAAGGGUUUUGAUUAUCUGCUGCACUCCGUGCCACUUCACAUCUGUCACGCUGUCUUUUUAAAAAGCCAGAGUAAACAUCAGACGUCGCUUGUGAAUCUUGAUACUCCCUGAAGGAGGGCUUUUAUUUUGAAAAAAAAAA